CAGCGGCGCACAACGCCAGCUUCGCGUUCCGGCGCCCGCGCGGCCUAGAGGCCGGGAGCGGCCGGCCGCCGGCCCUGCGCGCGCCGUCUCUCGGGGCGGGGCGGGGCGGGGCGCCGGGCCCCUUCCGGGGAUGGGCCCGAGCUCCUCCCCGCUCGGGCGGGCGCUCCACCGUGUCCCCGCCCGUCAGCCAGCCCGGCCCGGCUGGCCGCACUCCGAGCCCGGGCGGCAGCACGGGGAGCUCUCAGCCUGCAGGAGUCAGGAGGCGGGUCCCGGGCCGCGACCGGACCGGGCCGGGCCGAGCCGGCGGCGGCACCAUGUUCUCGCUCAAGCCGCCCAGACCCACCUUCAGGUCCUACCUCCUGCCGCCGCCCCAGACUGACGAUAAGAUUAAUUCAGAACCGAAGAUUAAAAAACUGGAGCCCGUUCUUUUGCCAGGAGAAAUUGUCGUAAAUGAAGUCAAUUUUGUGAGAAAAUGCAUCGCGUCGGACACAAGUCAAUACGAUUUGUGGGGGAAACUGAUAUGCAGUAACUUCAAAAUUUCCUUUGUUACGGAUGAUCCAAUGCCAUUACAGAAAUUCCAUUAUAGAAACCUUCUUCUUGGUGAACAUGAUGUACCUUUAACAUGUAUUGAGCAGAUAGUCACAGUAAAUGACCACAAGAGGAAGCAGAAAGUCCUGGGCCCAAACCAGAAGCUGAAAUUUAAUCCAACAGAGUUAAUUAUUUACUGUAAAGAUUUCAGAAUUGUCAGAUUUCGCUUUGAUGAAUCAGGUCCGGAAAGUGCCAAAAAGGUAUGCCUUGCAAUAGCUCAUUAUUCCCAGCCAACAGACCUCCAGCUACUCUUUGCAUUUGAAUAUGUUGGGAAAAAAUACCACAAUUCAGCCAACAAAGCUAAUGGAAUACCCUCAGGAGGUGGAGUUGGGGGUGGAAGCAGCCAAAAAACUCCGCUGUUUGAAACUUACUCAGACUGGGACAGAGAAAUGAAGAGGACCGGUGCAUCCGGAUGGAGAGUUUGUUCCAUUAACGAGGGUUACAUGAUUUCCACCUGCCUUCCAGAGUACUUUGUAGUGCCAAGUUCUUUAGCGGACCAAGAUCUGAAGAUCUUUUCCCAUUCGUUUGUUGGAAGAAGGAUGCCAUUCUGGUGCUGGAGCCACUCAAAUGGCAGUGCUCUUGUGCGCACAGCCCUCAUAAAAGAUGUGCUACAACAGAGGAAGAUCGACCAGAGGAUUUGUAAUGCAAUAACUAAAAGUCAUCCACAGAGAAGUGAUGUCUACAAGUCAGAUUUGGAUAAGACCUUGCCCAGUAUCCAAGAAAUUCAGGCGGCUUUUGUAAAACUUAAGCAACUGUGUGUUAAUGAACCAUUUGAAGAAACUGAAGAGAAAUGGCUAUCUUCACUGGAAAAUACACGGUGGUUAGAAUAUCUUAGGGCAUUCCUUAAACAUUCAGCAGAACUCGUGUACAUGCUGGAAAGCAAGCGUCUGUCUGUAGUCCUGCAAGAGGAGGAGGGAAGAGACCUGAGCUGUAUUGUAGCUUCUCUUGUUCAAGUGAUGCUGGACCCCUAUUUUAGGACAAUCACUGGAUUUCAGAGUCUGAUACAGAAAGAGUGGGUCAUGGCAGGAUAUCCGUUCCUGGACAGAUGCAACCACUUAAAGAGAUCGGAGAAAGAGGCUCCCGUGUUCCUGCUGUUCCUGGACGCCACGUGGCAGCUGCUGGAGCAGUGCCCAGCGGCUUUUGAGUUCUCCGAGACCUACCUGGCGGUGCUGCACGAUAGCACCCGCGUGGCCCUGUUCGGCACCUUUCUCUUCAACUCCCCGCAUCAGCGUGUACAGCAGAGCACGGAAUUUGCUAUAAGCAAAAAUAUCCAGUUGGGUGAUGAAAAGGGUUUAAAAUUCCCCUCAGUUUGGGACUGGUCUCUGCAGUUUACAGCAAAGGAUCGCACCCUUUUCCACAACCCCUUUUACGUUGGAAAGAGCACGCCUUGUGUACAAAAUGGUUCUGUGAAGUCUUUUAAACGGACAAAGAAAAGCUACAGCUCCACACUAAGAGGAAUGCCAGCUUCCUUGAGGAAUGGAAUCAUCACUGACCAAGAGUUACUUCCAAGGAGAAAUUCAUUAAUAUUAAAAGUAAAGCCAGACCCUCCCGAGCAGGGCGACAGCCAGGACAGGGGUGCGGAGCAGUACUUCCGAGAAUGGUUCUCCAAGCCGGCCGACCUGCACGGGGUGAUUCUGCCCCAUCCCUCCGGCACGCACGUCAAACUGUGGAAACUCUGCUACUUCCGCUGGGUCCCCGAGGCCCAGAUCCAGCGCGGGGGCUUCAUCACAGCCUUCCACAAGCUCUCCCUGCUGGCGGAUGAGGUGGACAUGCUGAGCAAGGCGCUGCGGCAGCCCCGGGGAGGCCCCUUGGAAGCCCCCUGCCCCGAGCUGGCCCAGAGCAGGCUGUAUUUCUGCACCGGUAGCCCGCAUGACGCCCCGGGGACGCCAGACUUCCUUUCCUCCUCGUUCCCCUUUUCCCCGGUGGGCAAUCUCUGCAGACGGAGCAUUUCAGGGACACCACUAAGCAAGUUUUUAAGUGGGGCCAAGAUAUGGUUAUCUACUGAGACACUAGCAAAUGAAGACUGAAACAGAAUGUCUUUCUGAACAUUCUGAGGGAGCGAGAAACCUUUUCCUCUGAAGUAAAACUGCUGACCUAGGCAUUUGAA